AUGGUCCGCCACAAAAAGGAUUUCAACCACAAGGGCCGAAAGCCACAUCCUGGCGGGCCCCGCCAGCGGGGAGGGCCUUCCUCCAGAGAGGACGGCGGCGACGGAUUUGCGACGGGGCGUCCAGCCUUCAAGGCUGCCUGUUGGGACCUGGGACAUUGCGACCCGAAGCGCUGCUCGGGAAAGAAGCUGCUCAAGCUCGGCCUCAUGCGCGAUCUGCAUGUCGGACAGCGCCACAACGGGGUCAUCAUCACGCCCAAUGGAAAACACGUCCUCAGCCCUGCCGACUCGGACCUGCUAGACCAGUACGGCGCUGCCGUCGUGGAGUGCUCGUGGGCGCGGACAAAGGAAAUACAGUGGAGCAAGGUCGGCGGCAAGUGCGAGCGCCUCCUGCCAUACCUCGUCGCCGCCAACACAGUCAACUACGGCAAGCCCUGGCGACUGAACUGCGUCGAAGCCCUCGCCGCCGCCUUUUACAUCUGCGGCCACCCGGACUGGGCCCGCGAUAUCCUGGCCCCCUUCUCCUAUGGAGAAGCCUUCCUCGAGAUCAACAGUAGCUUGCUGAAGAAAUACGCGGCCUGCGACGAUGAACCCGCCAUCAAGAAGACAGAAGAGGAGUGGAUGGAGAGACUAGAACGAGAAUACCUCGAAAGCAGGGAUGGCGGCAACGCCGACGAUCUAUGGGAGGGGGGCAACUCAAAUCGAAGAAACCCUGCCAUGUCUGACGACGAGGAUGACACAGCCGAGGAUGCCGAGGGCGAGGAGGACGAGACGGAAGAAGAAGACGCCGACGAGAGAUCGGAAGGGGCCCGUGACGGUAUCUAUUUGGGCAAGCAGCCCUCCUCAUCCCGCGAGGAGGAGCAGGCGGAAGGAGCCGAAGACAAGGACCCGUUUGCGAUAUCCGACGACAGCGACGAGGAGGCAGAAAUGGAAGAGAUCCGCAGAAAGAUCCUCGCAUCGAAACCGUUUGCGAACCCCGAGGACACGGGGCAGAGGAAAGUCCCCGAAACGAUCGCGAGGCCACAACAGUUCAAGGUAGACUCGGAUGUCGAGGCUGAUUCGGACAAUGGUGAGGACGACGAGUUCGACAACAUCAUCAAUGCUACGCCGGUCACGGACAAGACGGGCCUGGCGCGGCUCGAGAAGGAGAGAUCCAGGGCGACCACCACGACCCGUAGCUUCAUGUUCAACGCUGUCUCGGCACCAAAGCGUGGCUAA